UACACAACGACAUGUUGGAGAAAGGACAGCAGCUUUAUUUUUUUAUUUUAACCUGAACUGCUCUUCCUGCAGCGUCACAUCUACCGCCCAAACCUCUGCCCCGCACAAAGAUGGCCGCGGCGGCGUCCUUCAUUGGUGCAGCGACAGCUGACGUCACAGGCGUAUAUAGUGUCUAGAUGCCAGCGGCGGGCUGUCAGCGGUGGUCGGGCUCGGUGGCGGUAGGCACGGGGUGAGGUGUUCAGGCGCACACGAGCUGACCCAUUGGCGCUUGGAGUUUUUCCAUCUGAAAUAGCCAAGACACGUAACUCCAGACUGGGCAGUCGUGGGAAUACCCGAAACACCUACCUCCCAGCUCCUACACAAAAGAGUCCGGAACUCUUGAUUUUGGAGUGCCUGCCACCCUGAGUACUUUUACCACGACAAGCCGUCUUACCCCUCCUAACGCCAGCAGUAACGGAGCAUACCCCACGCUGCCCACGCCAGUGUCACUCGGAGUGAAGUCCCGCACACAAGGAACGCGCCGCCGUGGGCUGUGGGCUUGCUCCGCUUGAUGACUCUCUCCCUUUCGGCGGUCCUGCACCCGAAUGGAGCUUCUGUGCCUGGAGGACCUGCGCUUCGGAACGAGCCGCUCCCCGAAACCGGCGUCCCUCCCCUGCGGCGUGUCAGUCGCCCGGGCCCGAACCGACCCGACGCUGACCAGGGACGACCGGGUCCUGCAGAACCUCCUGUGGCUGGAGGAAAAGAUGCCGCCGUGCCGGCCUUACUUCGGCACCGUGCAGACAGACCUCCAGCCCUACAUGCGGGAGAUCCUGGCCGAGUGGAUGCUCCAGGUGUGUGAGGAGCAGAAGUGUGAGGAGGAGGUCUUCCCUCUGGCUAUGCACUACCUCGACCGCUACCUGUCCGGAGUCCCUGUGCAGAGAUCCCACCUGCAGCUGCUGGGCUCCGUCUGCAUGUUCCUGGCCUCCAAGCUGCGCGAGACCGUCCCUCUGAGUGCCAGGAAACUCUGCAUCUACACUGACAACUCCAUCACCGCCUCCGAGCUGCUGGACUGGGAGCUAGUGGUGGCGUCGAGGCUGCGCUGGGAGCUGGCGGUGGUGCUGCCCUCCGACUUCCUGGAGCUGAUCCUGGAGCGCCUGCAAAGCCUGCCCUGCGGCGGCCGGGACCUGGUGCGCAAGCACACUCGGCUCUUCAUGGCGCUGUGUGCCUUAGAUAUGAAGUUCUCCAUGUACCCGCCCUCCAUGAUCGCAACGGCCAGCGUGGGAGCUGCCAUCCGCGGCCUGCUGGUGCCAGAUCCUGCCCUCUCCGGCAGUUCCCUCAUGGAGCAGCUUGCCAAAAUCACUGCCUCCGAUGUGGACUGUCUGCGAUCCUGCUUGGAGCAGAUGGAGGAUAUGUUGCAGCGCCACCUGCCUAAAUCAUCCUGCCAACCCAGGACUCCAGAGCCUAGUCCCGUUGGCACCCCCACGGAUAUCCACGAUGUCCACCUGACUGCGUCCGGCUCCCUCCUGUCGCCCCACAGCCCACCGAAGAGAUCAGCUGGGGGAGGAGUGGACGGUCACUGAGGAGAAGGGAGACCCAUCCCGGCAUGGACGUACCCCAAGCUGAGCC